AUGGAUGAAGAAUACGACGCUAUCGUGUUGGGCACAGGCCUGAAAGAAUGCAUCAUCAGUGGAAUGCUAUCGGUGUCCGGCAAAAAGGUGUUACAUGUCGACCGUAACAAAUACUACGGUGGGGAGUCUGCCUCGAUCUGCCCCCUCGAAGAGCUCUUUUCGAAAUUCGGGGUGCCUCCCCCAGACGAGUCCUAUGGGCGCGGAAGGGACUGGAAUGUCGACCUCAUACCGAAGUUCCUCAUGGCAAACGGGUCGCUGGUCAAAUUACUCAUACACACCGGCGUUACACGGUAUUUAGAAUUCAAAUCAGUAGAGGGUAGCUAUGUUUACAAGGCAGGGAAAAUUUCCAAGGUACCGGUCGACCAGAAAGAAGCCCUCGCCUCCGACCUGAUGGGCAUGUUCGAGAAGCGCCGCUUCCGCAACUUCCUCAUCUACGUGCAGGACUUCAACCAGCAGGACCCCAAGAGCUGGAAGGACUUCGACCCCAACACGCAGAACAUGCAGGCGCUGUACGACAAGUUCGGCCUCGAUAGGAACACGCAGGACUUCACCGGCCACGCUCUAGCGCUGCACAGGGACGACGACUAUCUGAACAGGAGCGCCAUCGAGACGAUCGACCGCAUCAAGCUGUACUCGGACUCCUUGGCCAGAUACGGCAAGUCGCCCUACUUGUAUCCCAUGUACGGGUUGGGCGAAUUGCCGCAAGGUUUCGCCCGAUUGUCGGCCAUCUACGGCGGCACCUACAUGCUGGACAAGCCCAUCGACGAGAUCGUUUUGGGCGAGGGCGGGCGAGUGGUGGGCGUCCGCUCCGGCGACGAGAUGGCCAAGUGCAAGCAGGUCUACUGCGACCCGACCUACGUGCCCGACAAGGUGCGCAAAACGGCGAAAGUGGUACGGUGCGUGUGUCUGCUCGACCAUCCGGUGGCCAAUACGAAGGACGCGCUGUCCACACAGAUCAUCAUUCCGCAGAAGCAGGUCGGCCGCAGCUCGGACAUCUACGUGUCGCUGGUCAGCUAUACUCAUCAGGUGGCUGCUAAAGGGUGGUUCAUCGCCAUGGUGUCCACGACCGUGGAGACCGACAAUCCCGAGGCCGAGAUCAAGCCCGGUCUCGACCUGCUCGGCACCAUUCGACAGAAGUUCGUCUCCGUGUCCGAUUACUUCGAGCCGAACGAGGACGGCGUUCAAUCGCAGAUCUUCGUGUCGCAGUCUUACGAUGCGACCACGCACUUCGAGACGACCUGCUUGGACGUGCUGGACAUCUUCAAGAGGGGCACUGGGGAGGAGUUCGACUUUUCGAAAAUCAAACACGAACUCGGAGACGAGGAACAAUAAGAGAAUUGAGCGAGGGAGGGAGAUUGUGGGGGAUUGAAGCAGAUGGGUGUAAGCAUGUAGAGAUAUUUUUCAGCAUUCCUCUUUUCGAAUUGUCGGCUGGCUAG